GCUAGAAGAGGCAUUGGUUGUGCUAGUUCCAAAUCUCCAGUUUACCAUUUGAGUUGCUCGAUUUCCAGUUGACGAUACGAUUCAUAACCAAAUGACUCUGAACGUAUCUCUGCUUUCUAACUGAGACUUUUAUGAAUCAGCCAAUAUGACUGGUCAUGAAUUCAUGGAGCUAGUGUGGGAAAAUGGAGAGGUUCUUAUCCGAUGUCCAUCGUCCUCUACAAGAGAUGCUCAACUAAGUCCAUCUUCAGCCAAAUGUUCCUCUCUCACUAAGAUGAAGAGGAAAGAUGGAGAAGGGAAUACUACAGACAACUCCAAAAAUUCAAAUUCCAAUUCCAAAACACUUUAUUCGACAUCCUCUCUUAACGAAUGUUUUGAAUCAUAUGAGACCAAUCAAUCGAAUCCUCCUUCAGUACACAGAAGUUGCUUCAGCAUAAAAAAGAACGGUGAGAAUAUUAUGGAAUCUCGUUUAAUAUUCUCAAAACUAGACAAUGCUAUUGGGAGUACAAGCAAAUUUGCCAAGGGAGAGUCUCAGCCUCUGACUGAAUGUGGCUGUGUCAACUCUCUGUUACGAGAUCCAGGUAAGGGUACCAGAACAUUGAAAAAUUGUUUAAACAGCUUAGAGGUAAUGACAGAUGGAUCACCAAUCACAAACACACGAGAGCUAAAGGGUUCAGAAAACAAUAAGAAGAUGGAUGUAACCAGCUUCUCUCGUUUCUUAAGGCCUGAAGUUAAUCAUUCAGGAUCAGGACUCAGUGCACCAGUAUCUCCAGCUAGUCGAGGAGACUUAUUGUGCGCUGAAAAGUCAAUAAAUGAAGAAUUUAAGGUUUCUACAUCACAUGGUAGCUGCUUGCUGGUUGAAUCGACAAUGAUCAAUUGCACUCGUGGUCAAUCUGCUUUGCUGGUUGCCCCAAUAGAUUCAAAACCAUUUGAUUCCAAAAGCAAUUCGCACCCAGAUCAGCAAUCUAUUGUCGUUGGGUGUCUUGAAGAAUCUUUAAAAUUCUCACAAGGAUCGAAUAAUCCAUAUACAGCUGCCAGGAGAAAUUAUCAGCAAACUAGAGAUCAGUCGGAAUAUCUAAGUGAUGGUGAUAAUCAGUCUGAGAAUGUCAAUAAAUCAGCACCUGCACGAGGAAAAACUGCUGUUAAAAGAAAACGAAUAGCCGAAGUUCAUAGACUGUCUGAAAAGAAGCGUAGAAAUGAAAUCAACAAGAGACUGCGGACCCUGCAAGAGCUCAUACCAAAUUGCCGUAAGGUGGAUAAAUCAUCUGUGCUAGAAGAAGCUAUUGAGUAUCUGAAAACUCUUCAGCUUCAAUUACUGAUGAUGUCAGUCUCGGCUGGACCGUACAUGCCCCAUCCAAUGAUGUUACCAGCUGGACUGAUGCAGCAGUUACACACUCCAAGUUUGGAAAACUGCCCUACAAUAGAUGCUGCAAGGGCAUCGAGGAUGGGAAUGGGCGCCGGAUGCAGCAGUGCAUUACAGUUUCCUACUUCACCCAUAUCUGGAGCUGUUGCUAUGAAUUUCAGAGAGACUAUUAAUCAUCAAAUGCUAGGUGUUCCCAGUUCAGUGUCGCCCGUGCCUAUGACAAUACUCCCACCCCUCGUACAUUCACUCAAAAGAUUUUCUGCACGAUCAAUGGCAAAUACCACUGAGAAUAUGAAAAACCCAGUAGAUAUGGGUUUUAAUGUUCCACAAAAUGUCAACAACUGAAAUGAACUCUAAGAUGCAAACAUCCAUUGCUUGAAUUACAGUAAAAGUCUAGAUUUGGUGUUGAUCAUU